CACCAACGCCAGCGUGCACCGGGCGCUGGUGGCACCAACCACAGCCGAUCCGCAGGAUGAGACCGAUUCGCCUGAUCCCGACCUGCUGCUGAGCUCUGCGCCACCGGCAGAGCCCGGCACACCAGCAGGACCCCAAAAGAACACCACCACUGUCCCCAGCUGGCUCACAUCCACCGCUGAGGAGGGGACGGUGGCUGGUGGCACGGACAGCAGCUCCUCCACGGCACCGCGCGCGGUGACCGCCCCAGCCCUCGACCCCACCACCACGGGCUACAAGGAAGCCAAGAAAGCCGGGGCUCCCCCAGCGCCCACUUGGGACCCGAAGCCCGGGGGAACCAUGACGCCGCUCCCCUGGGACCCCAGCAGGGUGAUGAGCAAGUGCCUGCUGGCCAUCCUGCUGCUGGCGCUGGUGGCCGCCACCUUCAUGGUGUGCACGGGGGUGCUGGGGGCCCUGCUCUGGCGACGGGCGCGGACGGCCCCCCGGCAGCUCAGCCGCACCGAGAUGGUCUGCCUGCUGCUUGAUGGUGGCUCCGAGGCCGAUGGUGACAACCUGACUCUCAGCAGCUUCUUGCCAGAGCACUCCUGA